AUGAUCAGCGGAGCAACUCGUUCAGGCGGAGGCUUUUCCACAUGGAGUCAAGUAGCUACUUCGCUGUUCCGUAGUGGUACUAGUUCGGCUUCCUACUCUAACCCAUGGUCUGUUGAUGGUGAUGAUCAUAGUGUGUUUGACCAACAAACGAUAGAAACAUGUUACAAGUGGUUAGACCGUGUGGUUCGUUUAUGUCAAAAUCCUCGGUUGAAUCUGAAAAAUAGUCCGCCUUAUUUAUUGGACACGAUUCCGGACGUUUACGAAAAACUCAAAAGUAUUAUCAGCAGUUAUUCAGACGAGUAUAAAACCCUUUCUCAGUUGGAGUAUUUUUGCGUCUUUGUGCACUCUGUGACAGACAAGUGUAAACGUACAGUGAAAUUGUUCAAGGAUUCAGGAGAAAAAAUUUAUGACGUUCAUUCACAUGCUCGAUUUCGUCUGGUCAAAUUGUCUUUGAUUUUCUCACAUCUGCUCAAAGACCUCGAAGCUCUUUUCCCACAAAACACUUUUUGUCCCGGAUUUCGUAUCACCAAACCAGAUGCCGCACGUUGGUGGUCUAGUAAUUUCGGUUCGUCUGUGAUUGUACCCUGGCCUGUUUUUCAGACGGCACUUCUUCGAACAUUCCGUGUUGAUUCCGCUGAUCAACUGAUCGCUUUGCGAAACACCAUUGAUCUAACCUAUAAUAAAUAUGUGUCUAUUUUUGAGUUUGACGUGUUUAUACGUCUGUUCCAGCCGUGGAGCAACAUACUGGAGACGUGGAAAGCUUUGGCUGUUCUACAUCCAGGCUAUAUGGCAUUUAUGACGUAUGAUGAAGUGAAAGCAAAGCUAAAACAGUAUCGAUCACAUCCUGGUCCGGGAACGUACGUUUUUCGCUUAUCUUGUACAAAACUGGGUCAGUGGGCGAUUGGUUAUAUCACGGACGACUUGAAAAUAUUGCAAACAAUAAUUCAGAACAAAUCUUUGGCUCAAGCUCUGUUAGAUGGAGAACGAGAAGGUUUCUAUUUGUAUCCAAACGGGAAAUCUAGUCCGUCAUCACUGUUGUAUCAACUCGUGCAUGACCUACCGCAGGUGCGUCUUCAAGUUACCCAAGAGCAAUAUCAAGUCUACUGCGAAAUGGGCUCUACAUUCGAACUGUGUAAAAUAUGCGACGAGAAUAAUAAAGAUGUGCAAUUGGAACCUUGUGGCCAUUUGAUUUUACCGCAGACAGAUUCGCAUCAAACAAUCGAUGCUAGCUGGCGAGUUGAUGCUUCUGAUCACGUUACUAGUGUAGUUAACGAAACUGUCUUGUCCUCAGUUCAAGCGAACUCUCCUCUCUUUGAUCGAAGCCGCGAUGAUACUUUCCGGCGCCUUAAUUACGCUCAACUUGAUUUAAACUCGUCGGAAUCGGAUCCGGAAAUCACUACAGCGGACACAGUAGUAGAGCGUACACCAACGAUAAACACAGCUCAAAGCAAGUUAGAUCCGUCACGUUCAAACAACCAACAAGCACGGUUUAAUCUAUCGAUUUGGUCCUCCGAAGAUGCCGGUCAACUGACUUCAGACUUGGUGCCUACUAAUUGCGAGUUAGUAGAAGACAGUUUAAAUCAGUCAUUAACUGCAGCACCAGCACUUGUCACUCGUCUGACGCGACAACACGCAGAUUUAGACGAAGCGACAGCCGGCCUACUACUAUCAAUUACGCGCAAUGACUUGACCAUGGCUUGUCUAAUCUGGAAACACUUCAUGCCUCGAACUGGAUCCAAUUGA